UUGUUAUGUGGCACGCGUGUGACCUCUACUCAACAGCCUUAGCUCACAAACACAGACCAAAAACCUCCCAACCCAAGAAUGUGAUCUUAGCUUCUGCAAUCCUAUCCUACCCAUCUCUUUAAUUUUCUAGUAAAGAUGCUCUCUAUGUCACUGGCUGCUCGUGCUGCAGUUGCCACACACUCCUCCAUUGCCCCAUCUGCUACUGAAUUUCCAUCAUUUCUACCCAAACAAGUGGAAAAUGUCAAAGAUUCAUUUGCUCGAAAAUUGGCCUCAAGAAUUCAGAGGCUACCCGUUGAGCUUAGCAGCUUAAACCGACCUAUAAUGAGUAGCUGUGUCAAGCCUAUGGUACAUGAAAAGACAAAUCCAUUAGUUCUUUUGCAUGGUUUCGACAGCUCCUGUUUAGAGUGGAGGUACACGUUUCCAUUGCUUGAGGAUGCUAAUUUGGAGACAUGGGUGGUCGACAUUCUUGGUUGGGGAUUCUCCGAUUUAGAAAGUCGUCCAGCGUGCAGUGUCAUUUCCAAGCGUGAACAUCUUUAUCAGUUUUGGAAGUCCCACAUCAAAAGGCCUAUGAUUCUGGUUGGGCCAAGCCUUGGAGCAGCAAUUGCAAUUGACUUUGCAGUCAACUAUCCUGAAGCUGUCGAUAAGCUGAUUCUAAUUGAUGCCAGUGUUUAUGCAGAAGGUAGCCGCUCCAAGUUGCCCAAAGCUGUAGCCUAUGCUGGGGCUUAUAUCCUAAAGAGUGUCCUACUGCGGUUCUAUGCAACCAAUUUGUCUUUUAAUGGCUUACCAUUUGAUACCUGCUUAGACUGGACUAGAAUCGGGCGUUUACAUUGCCUGCUGCCCUGGUGGCUGGACACAACAGUUGAUUUCAUACUAAGUGGUGGCUAUAGUGUUCGUGAGCUUAUAAAACAGGUGAAGCAGGAAACACUUAUCAUUUGGGGAGAAGAUGACAACAUUAUAGACAAUAAGCUUGGAAUAAGAUUGCACUGUGAGUUACCAAACGCAAAAAUACGUCAAAUACCGAAAUGCGGUCAUAUCCCCCAUGUCGAAAAGCCAAACGAUGUCGCCAAGCUAAUCGAGGAGUUUCUCAAAGCUCAGUCUCCUGUACUCUCUGUGUAA